CGAAGAAAUCAGCGGCACCGCUACAGUUUUCCUUCACUCAUCCAGGAUAGAAUCCCCAUUUCGUCCCUUCGUGGAUUAAACUGAUUUGAGGCUACCCUACCUUAACACAAAACCACCCACUCACACUUCGAAAAAAUGCGUUACAUCGCUGCCUACCUCCUCCUCCAGAUGGGUGGAAACGAGUCCCCGUCUGCUGCCGACAUCAAGGCUCUCCUCUCGUCUGUUGACGUCGACACUGAUGAGAGCCGCCUUGAGAAGCUGAUCUCUGAGCUCAAGGACAAGUCUAUCAACGAUCUGAUCGCCGAGGGUUCGAGCAAGCUCGCGUCGGUUCCCUCUGGUGGUGCUGGAGGCGCUGCUGCUGCUGCUCCUGCCGCCGGUGGUGCUGCCGCCCCCGCUGCCGAGGAGAAGAAGGAAGAGAAAGAGGAAGAGAAGGAGGAGUCCGACGACGACAUGGGCUUCGGUCUCUUCGAUUAAACGCACUUGCAUGUACAAGCAUCUUGACGGGGCAUGUGUUGAUGAAAUUCUGUUCUGUUGUACAACAGACGAUUAAGCGUUUUCUGAAGACGACCUUGAGAUGUCUCAUCUGGAAUACACUUUUCUGAUAACGUCGGCACUUAUCUCGAUGAUGUGCUCCAGAUUGUUGCGCGCGCGAUGUUCAUAUAUCAACAAGUGGAUGUGAGCUUCGAUUGCA